GCUGUUUAACCUAGUUUCCAGUUACCCUAGCGUCGCUUCUUGUCUUGCUCGUUUUGGUGUGUUAGAUAGUGACACUGUUUUGGGUGAAAAUAUAACCUAGUUAGUCACCAACGGUGAAGAUUUAUUGCUUCUUGCUGCCUCUUGUGUCGAAGGAGUCAGCAGAGCAAUUUAUUUCCCUUACAGUGACCUCACAACAAGUGUAAUUGACUAAGUGAAAAACCCGGAGUGUGACAAUAUCAUCAGAUAGCAACACUGGAAAUCGUCAACAAUAGUGCUUGAAUGUCACGCAGAUCGUUCGGGGAUAGUUUCAUGCUAACUCAUUUUGCUAGAUUAUGUGUGGUUGUGUGACGACAAUAUAUCGGGAUCAAGUUACAAGGUGCAGCAAUGGAUUAUGGGUUUCGUUCCUUGCAGAUCAACUUAUUGAUUACUGUUGGAAUCCUGUGCCUCGUGAUGUCGUCAGUGCUUACUAUUGGCGAACCUGCAGCCAACGCAGAGCAAGCGAAUACGACGACAGUAACUGAAGCCUACGGUACGUUGCCAUGCCUGCCAGAUUCGGCGUUGAACGCUUUACUCGUUCAGAUGCUUAUGGCAAUACAACCAUACUUCUUAUCUUACCAGUACCAGCAACAGAGAAUGCAAUCCUCCAAUAAUAAUGAAUUAUUUGCUCCAACGAGCGAACCGAUUAGGACGACUGUGGUGACAUCGAGUGUUGUGUCGACGUUGACGCAAACGCUGUCGAAAGUCAUUUCUAUUUGGUACCGAAACGAACGCAUACCCACUACCCUUUAUUCGCAAUCAACUGUCGUUAUGACUGACUUGAUUACAAUCACCUCAACGCUCAAUGGUCAUGUGGAACCCACCGAAUGGAAACGGGAACGUAGGGAAGUGGAAGAUGCAACGUUAUUGGAUUCCUCAUUGUCCGAAGAAGUCGGUUUUGGAUAUCAUAAAACCCGACCACUACCUAUGGCUGAAUCUAUUGGCGUCCACGCACUCCGUGAUCAUCUAAUUCAACCACAAGUGCUCGAAGCUUGGAACAACUUUUUGCAUGUAUUGGAAGAAACUCAGAAUAAGGCAAGGGAAAGAAAGUAGAAGUUUGCUAAAUGGCUUAUAACCUAAGGAGGCUUCGAGUGAUGUCAAGUUAUUAUCUUUGUUUGUUUUUUUCUGAUUCCGAAUUUACGAAAUAUGGACUACAUAAUACAUAAUAUGAAUAAAUUUUA